AAAAGUCCAAAGUUGAGUGACUUUUUGGGAUAAAAGUUCAAAGUUGAGUGACCAUUUGAGUUAUUAACUCGUUUGUUUAAUAGCAUAAAGAUAGGAGGAGUCAAAUCAGCUUGUAGUAAAUCUCUGGAUGUGAGUACUUUAUCCAGUGGCUUGUGAUUGCAGUUCUAUACUCAGUCCCGAGCACUAUAGUUGAUCAGUGGACUAAUUUUAUUGUGCGAGUGUGUGGAAAUUAAUUAGAAAGUUCUCAAAUUAUAAGUACUGCAUAAAAGGACAGAGAAGGAAAAGCCAUAUGAUCCUUCAUGUACUACUGUCUGUCAUAGACAUCAAUCAAAUCAUUUUUGCCACUAUUAUAGGAUGUUUCGGAGUAUACUUCUUUUUCUUCACAAAUAUGGUCUGAAACCAAAUUCUUCUCAAUCACAAUAUAGAUUAGGUAGCCUAUGAGUGGCUUUCUGCUAUAUAUACAACAAACAAAUGAUCGAUUAAUAACUGUCUGAUGAUGGGAGAGAACAGAAGCAAUUUACUAUCUCAGUACCAUUUUGCAGAUCUCCACAUAUAAAUUCUUUUCAACCAUUUAGGGCUGUAAUGAUUAAUGAUAAAUUAUCCCUAUAUAUUUUGGGUCAAGAUAUAGAUCUAAAAGCUAAGAAGCACUUGGAAUUGGAAAUUAUGGUCAUCUAAAAAUAUUUAUUUGCAACAAGACCAUGUUACCAUCUAUGAAUUUUUGGAGAUGUGUAUCUAGACAUACAAUAUAACAUGGCACAAGUCUUCUUUAGCAAUUUGAUUGUGAGGGAUACCUUGCUCUAAGCUCAAAGACUCUCAACAAAGCUAGGAAGCCCUUCAUGUUACUUGCUGUUUUGGGAUAGUAAUUGAUAACUUCUGUUGUAUACCAGUGUGGUGCUUCCUAUAAAUGUAACAUCAAUAUAUGUCCACCGUUAUGUUUUUAUCCGAGUGGUCCAGGCAAAAAUAAGCUCCUCGUUGUCUCUUCAUUAAAAUUUUACAAGGAGUAAUGCUUUUGUUCCAAGUUUCAAAUAAGGUAGGGCCUAUUGUUCUAGAACUAGUAUUACAAAAAUUUCAAUGCUUGGAAGGCAAAAGCAUGUGAUACUUCAGUGGCAUUGUCUUCUCAGUGUUGUAUGAGUUGCUAUUGCCUAUAUAAACAUAUUCAAGGAGGUAUCUACCACCACAACUCUCAGCAACCUCCAAAGUAUUCGAAGCUUUCUCUGCUUUUGAGUUCUUAGUAAUUCUUUCUUUCUUUUCUCAUCUAUAACUAAAAGAUCAUGGCUAUUCUUCGUAUGAUCAAGAAGUCUUCCACAACUAAAGAUGUUCCCAAGGGUCACUUUGCAGUGUAUGUUGGGGAGACGCAGAAGAAGAGAUUUGUAAUCCCCAUAUCAUUCUUGAGUGAACCUUUAUUUCAAAACUUGCUUAGUGAAGUUGAGGAAGAAUUUGGCUUCAACCAUCCAAUGGGCGGUGUGACAAUUCCCUGCAGCGAGGAUUUUUUCAUUGAUCUCACUUCUCGCUUGAGGAAAUGAGAAGGACACCAUUCCCCAUUUUUUGCACAAUUUUGUAUGGUUAUAAAGCAGGAUCUCCACUAUGUACAGUUCAGAGUUAGAAAAUACACUAGGUAGAACAUUAAGAAUGGAUGUCAUUCCUUUGUCUCUUGACUAAGGUCAUAUUUUCUACUUCAAUUUUUUUUUUUUGAAGUAAUGAACCUUUUUGCUUCUAUGUUCCAUUCUAGUCCAUGUACUGAUGUAAUGAAUUCAUUGUAAUAGAAACUUUUUGCUCAA